AUGCUAGGAAUUGUGAUCCUGUCCUGCAGGAAUUGUGGCCUUUCUAUUUGCACCACUUAUUACCUCGUAGCUAUGGCAGCUGCGGAUCUACUUGUCAUUAUCACAGAAGUCAUGUUGAGACAAAUCAGUAAUUAUUAUUUCCAAUGGACUUUCCUGGACUUCACCCCUGUGUGCAGUCUUAUUGCUGUCCUGGUAUCUACAGCCACAGACUGUUCUGUCUGGUUCACUGUCUCAUUCUCCUUUGAUCACUUUGUUGCCAUUUGUUGCCAACAGAUGAAAACGAAGUAUUGCACCAUGAAAACUGCUAUUGUGGUUCUAUCAACAACCUGCAUUCUACUCUGUUUGAAAAACAUCCCUUUCUAUUUUAUAUAUGAACCUUGGCUAAUAGUCAACAAUAUCCCCUGGUUCUGUUCUGCAAAGCCGAUCUACUAUACUGAUUCUGGAUGGGUGGGCUUUGAUUGGUGCGAUCAGGUUUUAAAUCCUUUGCUGCCAUUCACUUUAAUUCUAUUCAUUAACACUCUGAUGGCCAGACAUAUUUUACAGGCCAGUAGAGUCCAUAAGGCCCUGAGAGGUCAGAGAAAAGGAGAGAAUCGCAGUGACCCAGAGAUGGAGAGCAGAAAGAAGUCUGUGAUUUUACUUUUUACCCUAUCUGGCAGUUUUAUCCUCCUGUGGUCUGUGUGCGUAAUCGAAGUUAUAUACUAUAACAUGACAGGCAAAGAUCCAGGGGAUUACACAGUGUCUGAAAUUAACUUUCAACAAGUUGGAAGCAUGCUGCAGAAUUUAAACUGCUGUACAAAUACGUUUAUUUAUGUGGUGACGCAGUCUAAAUUCAGAGAACAGCUCAGUAGCGUGGUGAAAUUUCCUGUCACAUCUAUUAUUCAAAAAAUGAAGAAGCACAAGAACUGA